AUGAGAGAUAUGGUGUCCAUACGCAUCAAAGACUGCAUGCUUAAACAUCGGCGCGAGCGAAGCACUGCGACAAUUAAUGAGGCCCUCGGAUCACUUGUGCCGGGCCAGAUCGUCAAGCUCCAUAGGUUAAACGGGCUAGAUGUCGUACGUACGCGGCACCACCCUCAUUAUGCCAUGCAUUUGAUUGGAGACGGUCAUAUGAUGGUCAUUCCCCGACUACGUGAUGGCGAAUGA